AUGCAACCAGGAAACUCCAAAGAAAUAUUUUGUAGACUGUGUCUUAGGAUUAUAACCAAUAGAAAUUGCGAAAUAACAGGAGAAGCCAUAAGAAAGGUUCUGGAAGUAGUUUUGCCGAAUCUGAACAUCACUGCUAUCAAGGAUCCUAUUAUAUGCAGUUCGUGCUUUGAUUCGCUGCGUACUCAUGGUGGAUUUUUAAAGAACUCCCUUAAUGCUAACGAAAAUUAUAACAAUACAGAUGAGCAGUUUUGUAUAAAAACUGAAAAGACUGAAAUAAAACUGGAAGAAGAAAGCCAGGAUGCACAAGAGAAAUAUGAAUGUGAUGAAAACCAGUCUUAUAUUAAAUGUGAAGAUAUUGAGAUAAAAGUAGAUGAAGAGGCUCAAAAUAGUGACUCUUAUGUCUUAUACGAUGAAUCAGUUGAGGGAGAAAAGAAGUGCACCUCAGAAGACUUGGGAAAAACAAUGACUAAAUGUGUACUUAAAUAUGAGACAGGAUUAAAUGAAAACUGUACAACAUCGAUGUUUGGUCACAACAUCGAAGUAUCCAAAAGUAUCCAAUAUGACCCUUUACUAGACAAGCGAAUCUACCAAUGUGAUAAAUGUAAAUUUAAAACUAAAUUUAAAGCUAAUCUAAAAAGACAUCGGUUAAUGCACAAAAAUACUUCAGUGCAAAUUUACAGGUGUGAUACGUGCUACUAUGAAACUAAACUGAAGUAUCGUUUAAAAAUGCAUCAGUUAUCACACAAGGACCCUUCAGAAAUCCAAAUGUACAAGUGUGAUACUUGCGAUUUUGAAACCAAAUAUAAGGGGCAUCUAAAAGUGCAUCAGAUAACGCACAAAAAACCUUCGGAAAUCCAAAUGUACGAGUGUGAUACAUGUAGUUAUAAAGCUAAAUAUAAAAGUAAUUUAAACAGUCAUCAGUUGAUUCAUAAAGACCCUUCAGAAAUACAAAUGUGGAAGUGUGAUAUUUGCGGUUUUGAAAAUAAACUCAAGAGUCAAUUGAAAAGACAUCAGUUAUCACACAAAGACCCUUCGGAAAUCCAAAUGCACAAUUGUGAUACAUGUAGUUAUGAAGCUAAACAUAAGAGUCUUCUGAAAAGGCAUCAGUUAUUGCACAAAGACCCUUCAGAUAUACAAAUGUGGAAGUGUGAUAAGUGUAGUUUUGCAACUAAAUACAAAUGUCGAUUGAGAAGCCAUCAGUUAUCACACAAAAACCCUUUAGAAAUCCAAAUGUACAAAUGUGACACUUGCACUUAUAAAACUAAGUAUAAGUAUAUUUUAGACAGGCAUCAGCUAAUGCACACAAGUAUUUCAAACAUCCAAAUGUACAAAUGUGAUACUUGUGUCUAUGAAACUAAAUAUCAGCAUCGCAUAAAAUAUCAUGAGUUAAUGCACAAACGCACUUUGGAAGUCCAGAUUUACAAGUGUGAUAUAUGUAGUUAUGAAUCUAAAUAUAAGAAAGCUCUAAAAGUGCAUCAGACAACACACCAGAACACUACAGAAAUCAAAGUACAAGUGUAAUGUAUGCAGUUGAAAACCCUUUAUUUUCCUUCCUUGGACUACGGUGAUGAACUGAACAAUUUGAAGAAUUAAUGUAUCUUUCAGCAUUUAAAUGUCUUAAGACAGAGUAUAACUAAGGCAAUUAUACUGUUUGUUCUGUCUUAUUCGCCUAAAAAAAAUAAUUAUUUUUUUAUAUUAGAAAAUAAUUUAUG